UCAGCCGGCAAAACUCACAAUGAAAACAAUGUUUUUGUCGUUGCUGGUUCUGUCAUACAGUGUUGCAAGUUUCCACUGCUCAACUGUCCCUGAGAAUACCACAGAUAUGUUCUCCCUGCUCGGAUUUAAGCAGGCCAUCACUAGUGAUCCAACAGGAAUAUUAGGCUACUGGAAUAGCAGCACCACCUUUUGCCAGUGGGAGGGCAUCACAUGCAGUAGGACACACCCAGGGCGUGUUGUGGCGCUGCACCUCACCGGCCUGAGAUUGUCGGGACAAAUCAGCUCCUCACUUGGGAACCUCACUUUCCUUAAGGAACUCAACCUCUCCUCAAACAGCUUUUCUGGCCAGUUGCCUCCACUAAACCACCUCCACAAGUUGCAAAUUCUUGACCUUGGUCGCAACUUAUUUCAUGACACAAUUCCUGAUGCACUUACCAAUUGCUCCAACCUACAAACGUUGUACCUCCAUCACAACUCUUUAGUAGGCAAGAUCCCUGCGACACUAGGCCUCCUUUCCAACUUAAAAGAUUUAUGGCUUAGUUAUAAUAACCUCACUGGAACCAUCCCGUCAUACUUCAGCAAUAGUUCUAACAUACAAAGACUUUCUCUAACAGAUAAUCAGCUGGAGGGAAGCAUUCCCGAUCAGCUUGGGAAAUUGUCAAGAAUGCAGCGUCUGGCCCUAGGUGCAAACAACCUAACUGGUAGAUUUCCACAAGGCCUCCUUAAUCUAUCUAAGUCACUCCAGGUGCUUGGCUUGGAGAUGAAUAAGCUAGGAAGUACAUUGCCACCAAAUAUUGGUGACGAUCUCCCUUAUCUUCAGAGGAUUUUCUUGAACCGUAACAUUUUCCAAGGGAACAUACCAGCUUCCCUAGGCAAUGUUUCGGGGUUAGAAAGAUUGGACUUGGAGAACAACAAAUUCACAGGGCAAAUUCCUACUUCUUUUGGUAAGCUAAAAACCUUGUACGAACUGAAUCUCGAGAGAAAUAAUCUUGAAGCAACAGAUGUCCAAAGCUGGGAGUUCUUGAAUGCAUUAACAAAUUGUAGUGGUCUAGAAGUCCUCGCUCUAGAUGGAAAUCAGCUACAAGGAGCUCUCCCUCAUUCAAUUGGUAACUUUACAUCUAGCCUUCAAAUGCUACUUCUAGGUGAAAAUGAGCUAUCAGGGAUAGUUCCCCCGAGUGUGGGGAACCUUCAGUCCUUAAUUCAACUUACACUAGAGCAUAACAAUCUAAGUGGUAAAAUUGUAGAAUGGAUUGGGAAGCUUACAAAUUUGCAGCAACUAGUUCUUGAAAUGAACAAAUUCACCGGACCGAUUCCGCCUUCUAUUGGUAAUCUAACUCACUUGACAAUCCUCUCCGUAGCAUUCAAUGAAUUUGAAGGUCCCAUACCAUCCACCUUAUGGAAUCUUGAACAACUCACGUUGUUGCACCUUAGCAAUAACAAUUUCCAAGGCCCCAUAAGUCCAGAUGUUAGUCACCUUAAACAACUUGUCGACCUAGGUCUUUCAUCGAACAAGCUUACUGGUGAGAUACCUAACGUCCUAGGCCAAUGUUCUAACCUAGUGUCCAUCGAAAUGGACCAAAACUUUCUCAUAGGAGAUAUUCCAGUAACUUUCAGCAACCUAAAGAGUCUGAACACGUUAAACCUUUCCCAUAACAACUUGUCUGGAACCAUUCCAAUAGUUUUAGCUGACCUACUCCUCCUCAGCAAGCUGGACCUUUCAUACAAUCACCUUCAAGGAGAAAUUCCAAAGAGCGGAUUAUUUGGAAAUGCUACAUCAAUUUAUCUUGAUGGAAAUUUUGGACUUUGUGGAGGAGCGAUGGAUCUCAGAAUGCCCUUAUGUCCCACUAUACCUCAAAGAAAAGGAAAUAAGUACUAUUUGGUCAGAGUGUUGAUUCCAAUAGUUUGCUUCACAUCACUAGUCACAUUGAUUUUCAUUAUAAUCCUUCAGAAGAACAAGAAGUCACACAAACCAUGUAUAUCGUUGGAUUCUUUUGGUAGAAAAUUCCCCAGAGUUUCUUAUCAUGAUCUAGCUCGAGCAACUGGGAACUUCUGUGAAUCAAACCUUAUUGGGAGAGGAAGUUGUGGUUCAGUGUAUAGAGGCAAAUUGAUUCAACUUGAGAUGGAUGUGGCUAUUAAGGUUUUUGACCUCGAGAUGAGCUGUGCAAACAGAAGUUUCAUAUCAGAAUGUGAGGUUUUGAGAAGCAUUAGACAUCGGUACAUCACUCCGAUCUUGACAGCUUGUCUAACAACAGAUAAUUCAAGUAAUACUUUCAAAGCUCUGGUUUAUGUUUUCAUGCCAAACGGGAAUUUGGACACAUGGUUACAUGAAAAAUCUAGUGGUGAAGAUUCUAUGAUUUUGAGCUUAGGGCAAAGAAUAAGCAUGCUUGUUAAUGUAGCUGAUGCCUUGUCCUACUUACACCAUGAUAAUGGAAGAUCUGUUGUUCAUCGCGAUUUGAAACCAAGCAAUAUCCUCAUAGAUGCUAACAUGAAUGCAUAUUUGGGCGACUUUGGUAUUGCAAGCCUUGUAUUUAAUUCUAGGUCCACGAGAAUUGGGCAUUCAAGUUCAGCGUCAGGUUCAAUUAGCUCAAUCGGAUUGAAGGGGACAAUAGGAUAUAUAGCUCCAGAGUACGCACAUAAUGGCCAAGCAUCAACCUCCGGUGAUGUUUUCAGCUUUGGAAUAAUACUUCUAGAGAUUCUGACAGGCAAAAGACCAACUGACUCCAUGUUUCAGAAUGAACUGAGCAUUGUCAGCUUUGCCGAGCGGCACUUCCCAGAUCAGAUACUACAGAUAGUCGACGUUCAUCUCCAAGAAGAAUGUGAGGGGUACAUUCAGGCAACAGCAGAAAUAGGAAAUGUUGGCACUCAGUGCCUUUGGUCCCUUGUGCAAGUAGCUCUUUCUUGCACGAGUAUGAUCCCAAAGGAAAGAACGAACAUGCGAGAGGUAGCCAUAAAGUUGCGUGCCAUCAGAACGUCAUAUGUUGGAGCGACACCACGAGAGGAAGUUAUGGCUCGCUAGAGUGAUUUUCAUGUGAGCUUUCCUAUGUGUCAUUUAGUCCAGAUUAGGGAAUGGUACAGCGUUGAAUGUGGAGAAAUUAGUGCAUACAUAUGGAGAUCAGUGGAUUUUACUAAAGCACAUACUACCUCAUAUAAUUAUAAAUACAGUAGUAAAUUACAUGAUUUGACACAUGUUAAUGUUUUGAGUUGCCCAAUUGGAAAUCAUGGAUCAUGUUGCCCUAUCGAAAUGGUAAUGACUACAUGUUUGUGGGCUUCUCUCUAGUUGGUAUGUUGCCAUUUUACACGUGUCAUUGCU